CUUGAGUGUCAGUCAUCUCAGAUCUGAAGAGUACCAGUUGUGGAAGUCACCUUUCGACGCUGUGGCUCCGCCCCAUGUGCGGAAGCUGGCAAAUCAUUAGCCAGGCUCUUUUGAAGCCAGGCAGCAUCAGUCUAGUUUCCAUGUUGACUUCCGCUGGAUUCGCCCACCGAUAGGGAGAAACGAGGGCAGCAGUUUGUCAUUGGGGCUGAAUGGAGUUGAUAUCGGCCCGUGAUGCCUCCUUUUGGCUUGUAGAUGCACUGGAGCAACAUUGGUCCAGUGAUGCGGUUCUGAAUCAGAAACAUUCCGCCGUGAUAUCGGGACUGAGGUCCUCUUGUACUGAGUCAAGCGACGGGAAGCGCUCUGUCCUGGCUCUCGUGCCAGCUCUUGUCAGCCAUGUGGAUGACAUAAUCCAAAAGGGACAACCGGGUGGAUUCAAGACCGCUAUCCUCAGCACUCUCGCGGACUCGACGCGAGAAGUGCCAUUUUGGCGACCCCUUUUUGGCCUCGAGGCUAAACCAGAUGAUGUGGUCAACAAUAACGAGAUGAGAUGGGCAUCUCCCCCCGACUGUAUUGUUGAAGUUGCGAGGCGGGUUGUCUCCGGGAUGACCCCGGCAUCAACAAGCGAACAAUCGAGGUCUGCCCUCAGAAUUAUCGCGAAUUGUUGCGCAGACAACAAUAUCAAUCGGUCCGUCAUCAUUGAACGCGGUGGCAUCGAAACAAUGCUAGGAAUGGUCAGACAAGGGCGAGAAUGCGACCUUGUGAUCCCCACCCUCUAUAACGUCUGUGUGGAUUACGACGAACCCGCGAGAAAUGCAGAGGGCGAGCCAUGGGCCUCUCUCCAAGAAAGGGCAGCAAGGGGUGAAGAAGUCGACUCGAACACAGCCGUCAACGCCGCGGAGCAGAGACUCGGCACAUAUUGGUCGCCGCACGAGCGGGUGACGUCCUUUGAAAUUUUGCUCAAGGCCAAAGAUUCCGGACAGGUCUCCCUAGGGACGUUGGCUGACCUGGUUGAAAUGGCCAGUCGGGUAGCACUCUGCGGGACCGACAACUUCGUUCACAAGGCUAAUGGAAAUGCACCUGGCGCCUUGGUCGACAUCGACACGACCGCCGACAUUGUUCAGUCACUGUUAACGCAGGGCGUCGCACUUGCGAAAGAGGAUAUUGACUGUCGAGCCUCGAUUUGUCAAGCCGUGCUCAACCUGCUCUCACAACCAGACACUCAUCGUUUCGUGGCGGGAGACUUCCGCAUGAUCUGGAACCUGAUCCACUUACCUCAUGCAACGGAUGGUCUAGGCGUCGAAACUGAUGAUGCUGAUGAAGAUGAACCAGCACUGGCUCCGUACCAGAAGGCGAUCCUCAAGAUGGUGUAUAGUAUAUCUGCAUCCGAAAAGUAUGAACAAGUUUCCGGACCCCAAUCUCCGCUCAUUCGCGGCUGCAUCGAAGCCCUUGACGUGGACAGGCCGCACGACCUCCUCGCCAGCAUCUGUGUGCUCCUGGCCAACAGCACCGUAUCCAAGGAACGCGCCGAGCAGCUCAUUCGGUCCGCACCCAAGAUUGCCAGUUUCCUGUCGGAUUUGAUCAUCAAGAGCACCGACGCGGGGGUUCUUCUUCCCGCCCUCAACCUCGCAACGCGGCUGUCACUGUGUCGUGAGGGCCAAGACGCAUUUCAUCACACCGAGAUGGUGGCGGCUGUAUCGGCGGUCCUUGCCCCCUCUACGAGCGAGGUCGAUUCCCUCCGACUCGAAGUGCAACGCGACGCCGUCGUCCUUGUGAGACUGAUGAUCAAGGGACGUGUGGAAUAUCUCUCCGACCUGGGACUCACGAGUGAAGACAUGGCCCAUACAAAGAUGAUAGCCCGGAUAUUUUCCCUCUUUGAAAAGACAAGCCACCGGGAAACGAAGACCGAGAUAGGAAGGCUGUCCAUCGAAAUACUCCGCACGCUACUCUCGUCCCAACAAGAGUCUACGCAGUCGGCCAUCACAAUCGAACGAGACCGACCAAGUCAUACGAAUCACACAAACGCCGAGUCCCUCUUCCGAUCCAUCUUCCCCGCUCAGCAAACACCCUCGCCAUCAACCCCGGCAACAUCAAAUCCAGCAAGCACCACAAUCGCGAAUACGAUAUGCUGGAUCCUGACACAGUCUACAAGCCAGUCGAGCGACCCACGACAAACAUCACCCCAGCCAUCCCUCCCGCAGGCCCAGGCCGAAGCAGAAGCCUGGUUCGGUCUGGCUCUCCUCGCCGCGUUUCCGUCCACGCAUGGCUCGAUCAGAGCCGCUCUCGCGCGAGAUGACUUUCAGUUGUUGAGGCGACUUCGCGAGAUCGCCGCGCAGACACCCCCUCCGCGUCCCGGGCCCGAGUCAUUGGAGAGAAACAACGAACACGCAGAGCAAGCAGCUCGUGGUGGAAAUGCGCCAGGAACCGGCACGCCGGAGAAGGACAGGGUGGAUCCGCGGUAUGAGAACAUCAAGGUCCUCCUCGCGAGGCUGGUUCGGUCGCGACCCGGCCCCCAGCCCCAACUCCAAUCGUCGUCGUUGACCUCAGACGCGCAGGGGCCAGGUCCAAGUACGGUGGCGGCCGGAGAGGGAGAAGGACUCGUAGACACCCAGGUGCAAGCUAGCAUCGAAGCCGCAGCCGCAGAGCUGGGUCUCGACUGGGUAUUGAUCUGACGGGGAGGGGGGGUCCCCUACCUAAUCUCUGGGGCAAAAAGAACGAGUUUUCAAUUUCAUUGUAUCCGCGCGUAGAAGCAUGAUCUAAUAUCUGGGCUUUUUCUCCCCUUUAUGGUGCGAGGUACAGUACUCUGGCGUAACCCUCUAUAGGAGAAUGAAAUAGACCAACGACACGGCACAU